GCUGCUAUUUGUAGAUCUUUGUGAUGGAUGACUGCUGUGUGUGUGUAAAAGAGAGAGAGAGAGUGAGAGAGUGCUUUUUUUUUUCCUCUUUGGUGUUCCUCUGUUCCCCUCUGUGUAGGCAGCCAGAGGAGCGCAGGAGUGGGAGGGAAGCAGACGUAGACGCUGAGCACAGCGAGGGAGACAGAGACAGAGAGAGAGAGUUUUCUUUAGGAAGUCAAGCACGACAGAAGAGGACGAGCUUCUUUUUUUUUUUUUUUUUUUUGUCUCCCCCCCCACCACCACAAGAACAAUCAAAACAGGACUAAUCUGACCCAAAGUAGCAGUUUCUUCUCUCCUCUGAGCAUAAAACAGCCUGGUUACCUUUUAUACCUUUUUUCAUCCUCCACACGUAGUCUUUCUCCCACACGUUGUGUUGCUGGGCUUCCAGCACAAGGACUUCUGCAGAAGCAGAGGCUUUGUAAACGGGGGAUAAAACAAAACAAACCUUUUAAGGAAAGGCAGUCGAAGGAGUUUACGGAGCUGUGGAUCAGUCAUGCCCAUGAGAGGCUGUAGGACAUGGAAGUGGGCACUGCUCCUGUGUGGCGCACUGUUUGCCCACCGUGCCACCGCGUGCCCAGCUCUGUGCACCUGCAGCGGCACCACCGUGGACUGCCACAACCUGGGGCUCAAGAGUAUUCCCAGGAACAUCCCAAGGAACACGGAGCGACUAGAGCUGAAUGGAAAUAACUUCACUCGCAUCAAUAAGAAUGAUUUUAGUGGACUCAAAUACCUUCGUGUCCUGCAGCUGAUGGAAAACCAGAUUGGAGCCAUCGAGCGGGGGGCCUUUGAUGAUAUGAAAGAACUGGAGAGACUACGUCUAAAUAGGAAUCAACUGUACCAGCUGCCAGAGCUACUGUUCCAGAAGAAUGCCGCUUUGUCACGACUAGACCUAAGUGAGAACUUCAUCCAGGCCAUUCCCCGCAAGGCCUUCCGUGGAGCUACGGACAUCAAGAACCUUCAGUUGGACAAAAAUCACAUUGGUUGUAUUGAGGAUGGAGCAUUCAGGGCUCUUCGAGGGUUGGAGGUUUUAACACUAAACAACAACAACAUCAGUGCCAUACCGGUAUCGAGUUUUAACCACAUGCCCAAGCUGAGGACGUUCCGUCUGCACUCAAAUAACCUGAAUUGCGACUGCCACCUAUCCUGGUUGUCCCAGUGGCUGCGUCAGAGACCUACACUCGGCCUGUUCACUCAAUGCUCGUCUCCACCACAGCUCCGCGGGAUUAACGUGGCCGAGAUCCAGAAACACGAAUUCAGUUGUUCAGGUCAUUCAGAGAAUUCCAGUCCACAGACAUGCAGUCUUGCCUCUGGCUCCUGUCCCACCAUGUGCACCUGCAGCAAUAAUAUAGUGGACUGCAGGGGUAAAGGACUAACGGCCAUCCCAGCCAACCUGCCUGAAAACAUGGCAGAAAUACGACUGGAACAAAACAGCAUCAAGUCUGUCCCACCAGGAGCGUUUUCACCGUACAAGAAACUGCGCCGAAUAGACCUCAGCAACAACCAGAUCUCUGAGAUUGCUCCUGAUGCGUUCCAAGGCCUGCGUUCUCUCAACUCUCUGGUACUGUAUGGGAAUAAGAUCACUGAGUUACCCAAAGGAGUGUUUGACGGCCUCUAUGCUCUCCAGCUGCUACUAUUGAAUGCCAAUAAGAUACACUGCGUCCGUGCUAAUGCAUUCCAAGACUUGCAGAACCUUUCCCUGCUGUCUCUCUAUGACAACAAGAUCCAGACUCUGGCCAAGGGCACCUUUGCCUCGCUGCGUGCCAUUCAGACACUUCACCUGGCCCAAAACCCAUUUAUCUGUGACUGUAACCUCAAAUGGCUAGCUGACUAUCUCCGUGCCAACCCGAUCGAGACAAGCGGCGCACGAUGUGCUAGCCCACGCCGCCUUGCUAACAAGCGUAUCGGCCAGAUCAAGAGCAAGAAGUUCCGCUGUUCUGCCAAAGAGCAGUACUCCAUUCCAGGCACUGAGGACACCAGGUUGAACAACGAAUGCAACAAUGAACCUGUUUGCCCAGCCAAGUGCCGCUGUGAAUCUAACGUGGUGGAUUGCUCCAAUCUGCGCCUCACCAAGAUCCCUGAACACAUCCCAGCCUCCACCACUGAGCUUCGCCUGAACAACAACGAAAUCACUUCCCUGGAAGCGAACGGCGCGUUUAAGUCUCUGGCGCAGCUGAAGAAGAUAAAUCUCAGCAACAAUAAGAUUACUGAAAUUGAGGAUGGCGCGUUUGACGGUGCUUCGUCGGUCUCGGAGCUUCACCUGACAGCCAAUCAGUUGGACUCGGUGCGCAGUGGCAUGUUCAGGGGCCUGGAGGGGCUACGGAUGCUGAUGCUGCGGAACAACCGCAUUAGCUGCAUCCAUAACAACAGCUUCACUGGCUUGUACAACGUACGUCUACUAUCGCUGUACGACAACCAGCUGACCACCAUCUCACCUGGUGCUUUUGACACACUUCAGACCCUCUCAACCCUGAACUUGCUGGCCAAUAGCUUUAACUGCGACUGCCGGCUAGCAUGGAUGGGCGACUGGCUUAGGACUCGCAAGAUUGUCACCGGCAACCCGCGCUGUCAGCGGCCUGCCUUCCUGAAGGAGAUUCCGCUGCAGGAUGUGGCUCUGCCAGAUUUCCGCUGUGAAGAAGGCCAAGAGGAUGUCAGCUGCUUGCCACGUCCACAGUGCCCGAGCGAGUGUACUUGCCUGGAGACAGUGGUCCGCUGUAGCAACAAGCACCUUCAUGCCCUCCCUAAGGGCAUCCCACGUAAUGUUACUGAGCUGUACCUGGACGGCAACCAGUUUAGCGCCGUGCCAAAAGAGCUCUCCACCUUCAAGUAUCUGCAACUGGUUGAUCUGAGCAACAACAAAAUCAACACUUUGACAAACUCCUCCUUUGCAAACAUGAGUCAGCUCACCACCUUGAUCCUGAGUUACAAUGCACUUCGCUGCAUUCCGACACUUGCUUUCGCAGGUCUUCGUUCUCUCCGUCUGCUGUCCCUGCACGGGAAUGACAUCUCUGAGUUUCCUGAUGGGAUCUUCAGUGACGCUGUUUCUCUGUCUCACUUAGCCAUUGGUGCGAACCCACUGUACUGUGACUGCCGCUUGCGCUGGCUUUCAGACUGGGUGAAGACGGGUUAUAAGGAGCCGGGCAUUGCUCGCUGUUCUGGGCCACCUGAAAUGGAGGGAAAGCUUCUCCUCACCAUGCCAGCCAAAAAGUUUGAGUGCCAUGGUGAAAUUGAAACAUCUGUCUUGUCUAAGUGUAACCCGUGCCUAUCCAAUCCCUGCAUGAACCAUGGCACAUGCCAGAUCGAUUCAACAGAACUGUAUAAGUGUACAUGUGUAGAAGGCUUUAAGGGAAAGAACUGUGAGACUGCCCUAAACGCCUGCAUCAGUAACCCGUGCUCUAAUGGUGGAACGUGCCAAGUGACCGAAGAGGAAGAUAGUUAUAUUUGUUCAUGUCCUUUGGGAUUCGACGGGCAAAGAUGUGAAAUCAACAUUGACGACUGUGAGGACAACGACUGUGAGAAUGGAGCGACGUGUAAAGAUGGUGUGAACAACUACACAUGCUUAUGUUCACCUUAUUAUACAGGAGACAUGUGCGAAGAGCUAGAAGAUGUGUGUGCUCCUGAACGCAACCCCUGCAAGCACCAAUCAACCUGUCUAAUCACAGCAGCUGGCCCGAAGUGUGUGUGUACUCCUGGGUAUGUGGGAGAUGACUGCAGUGUAGACUAUGAUGACUGUCAGGAACACAAGUGCCAGAACAAUGCAGAGUGUGUGGAUGAGAUCAACGGUUACUCCUGCGCUUGCCCCCGAGGCUACAGUGGGCAGCUGUGCGAGGUGCCGCCGGCACCACGUUCCCCCUGUGAGUUGGCUGAUUGCCAAAACGACGCACCCUGUAUGGAGCGGGCGGGCCGAGCUCUGUGCCAGUGUCUGCCCGGCUUUGGCGGGCCACGCUGUGAGAAGCUGGUCAGUGUUAAUUUUGUUGACCGGGACUCAUAUUUGCUGCUGAGCGACUUGAAGAACUGGCCUCAGGCCAACAUCACCUUGCAGGUGUCCACUGCAGAAGACAAUGGCAUCCUACUGUAUAAUGGAGACAAUGACCAUAUCGCAGUGGAACUCUUCCAAGGUCAUGUCAAGGUCAGCUAUGACCCUGGUAGCCAACCAAGCCAUGCUAUUUACAGCACAGAGACCAUUAACGAUGGUCAGUUCCACACGGUGGAAUUGGUGACCUUUGACCAGAUGGUGAACCUAUCGAUCGACGGCGGCGUGCCCACCACCAUGGGCAGCGUCGGAACAGUGAGGCCCCUCAAUGGAGACGCUCCGCUAUAUGUGGGGGGUAGGGGUCCAGCGCAGAUACCUCGCUCCACUGCAGGCAUGCCCGUUGAUGUCCACUCGUCCAUUGCGCCACGGGCCUGGCACAUUCAGAAUGGUUCUAGUUUUCAUGGAUGCAUCCAGAACCUCUACAUCAACAACGAGCUGCAAGACUUCACCAAGACCCAGAUGAAGCCUGGCGUGGUGCCCGGUUGUGAGCCAUGUCAAAAGAUUUACUGUCUUCAUGGAAUCUGUGAACCAGAUGCCGCUCUUGGGCCUGUUUGCCAUUGUCAACCAGGGUGGAGCGGCCAAAACUGCGAUCAGUCCAGUUCCAACCCAUGCCAGGGCAACAAGUGUGUGCACGGAAAAUGCAUCCCGCUGGACAUGCAGUCCUACCGCUGUGAAUGCCAAGAAGGUUACCGCGGUGCUCUGUGUAACCAGCAGGGAGAACUCUUCAACCCGUGCAGAAGGUUACAGUGCAAGCAUGGCCGGUGUCAGAUUUCCGACACGGGUGAUGCGUACUGCCACUGUGACAGCGGAUACACUGGAGAGUUGUGUGAUCAAGAGUCUGAGUGCCGUGGUGAGGCAGUGCGGGACUUCUACCAGGUCCAGCGCGGCUAUGCAAUCUGCCAGACGACGCGCAUGCUCUCGUGGGUGGAAUGCAGUGGAGCGUGCCAGCCAGGAGCCUGCUGUGCCAGCCAGAGGACCAAGCGCCGCAAAUACACGUUUGAGUGCAGCGAUGGCACCUCGUUCAGCGAAGAGGUGGAGAAGAGCAUCAAGUGCGGCUGUGUGGGCUGCAUGUAGUGCAGAGAAGGAAGGCAGAAAGAAAAAGAGAGAGAAGGAGAGAGAAAGAAAGCGAGAGAGAGAGAGAGAGAGAGAGAGAGAUGGCACGAGUCAGAGAGUAUAGAGAAAUAUAUGAUAAAACUAUAUAUUAUGGACAACAACGUUUGUAAAAUAGAGGACUUUUUUUCUCCCUCCGUGAACUCCCAAAGGGUGUACGGCGUAAUACAGAGCCAAAAAAAAAAAAAAAAAUCCAACAUGAAAACCAACACAAAAAAAAGUAUGUUGUAUCUGUGAAAUUUUGUCAGAAAAUCAAACAACAACAACAACAAAAAAAAAAAAAAAACGGUGGCUGAGAAGUCAUGAAGUGUCGCACGAAUUCCAUUUGAUUCCUUCUUUCCAUCCAUUCGCUAGGCCCUCAGCCAGCCUCAGAGCAACUAGCAGAGAGGUAAAGGCUUUCUUAGGAGCAGUGGACGAAGAAACAAGGCUUAUUUUUCUGCACGUGCAGCACAGGGGCUGUCUACUUUGUAAAAUGAGUGUCUCGGUAACACCAGUGACGCAAAGUCUCAUCACUGUCAAUAACACUGAACUUUUUUUUUUCUUUAAUAUAAAGUACCUCUACAUCUAUAUACACACACACACACACACACACACAAACAUAAUCUAUAUUAUAGACGAUGCAUACUGACUAACCAACCGUCCUGGGUCAUGUCCGAGCAUUGAAGUACACAGCAUUAGAUAAAAUGCUACAGGCACGUCAUGUUGGGCUAACAAGUGAGUAAUAGCUCUGAGAAGCUAGAAAACUCAUCCAGUGAGGAGAGGACAAGAGAUAAUGUGUGGGACGCACAGUAACGCGUGUGCUCCUAACGUACUUCCCCUGUGCUUAGCCUCCCAUUAACGGUAUUGAAAGCACGAGCUUCUGGUGCCAUUAACUUGUAGAGAGGGUUUAGCAACAAUUUCAAAACUUCCACAGGAUGUCUUGGGAAGGUUUGGGCCCUUGAUCUGUUUAUAUGUGGAUGAGAAUUUUUCUUGUCUUGUUUUGUGUCAGAUUGUUUCUCGCACUGUCAUAUGUGUUACAGUUUUAAAUGGAACGGAUGAUGGCGCCCGCCAUCGAUCACUUGAGGACUGUAAUUAAUAUUCUUAAGGCCCGCGGUAUAUCCAUUUGCUUCCCUUUUUUACGUUCUGGUAGGUUUGUUUAAUAAUGAGCCUGUCCCUUAGUUUUUGCAGGAUUACGUUAUAUUUGUCGCAAUAUACAGUACAGUACAACGCUGUAUUGAGUGUACAGCUGAGUGCUAUUCCCACCUUGCGCACUAUACAUGUCAGCCGACAUGUGUCCCGCGGCACCGCUCACCCGGCAUGCUUUUUGCGUUUCCCUUUCCUUCAAUGUGAGCAGGAGAAAUCUUAUCUUCUCCUCUCGAUGCCUGCAGUAUUACUUGUGCAAAUUUUUUUGCAUGUUUGAAAGACUCGCAAUUUGAUAUCUAAACAUUGUUAUUAAUCUUUUAUUUUGUAUGUGUGUCCCGAUUCCAAUGCUUUUUUUGCAUUGCUUUCUUUGACGUUUUGUCUUCUUAUGUAACCUAACUCAUUUAGCCCUCUCUUUAUACAGAAAUGCCUAACAGAUUCUAAUAUAUAUUUGUAUUUCUUUUUUUCCUUUUUUUGGUAUAGUAUUUUUAUAUGUUAAAGAGUUAACUUUUUUUUUUUUCUUUGGAAGUUGCUAUUGGAAAAAAGCAGAAUGACAUUUGAUGGACUUCAUUGGAAUUCUAAUUUUUUUAUUUUUAUUUUUUUGAAAACUCCUCAUAGCACACUAAAAAAAAACUAGUUCGUAAUUGGCCAAACAUAAAAAAGGCCUCAUUUAAUAGGAGCCAGUAUUGAUUUAGGGGAACUUUUAAUAUUGUAUAUGUUGUCUUCCAUGUGUAUAUUACAUCUAAUACUGUGUGCUUUUUUUCCCUUUAAGUUAUUUACAUCUAAAGGCUUCCUAAUCUAAGAGUGGCGGAAUAAUGUUACCGAAACAACAUUUCUUUCAUUUUUAUUUUAUCUUUUUUUUUUUUAAAAUGAAAAUAAAAGUAAACAUCUAAAACUUUCGUUAAAAUCUGUAUGGUAUUUAUGAAUUUAUUGUAUAAGCUAGAAAGGGCUGCCUAACACAUUCCGGUUUCGCGAGCCAGAGAGUUGAGAGGCCUAAACACAACUGCGAGCAGAAAAGAUUGUACCUCUGAACUUUGUUGUUGUUGUUAUAAUUUUUUUUUUCUCUAUAUUUUAAUUUCACACACACACACACACACACACAAAAAAGAGCAAAAUACAGACACAGAAUCCGUAUAUAGAGUUAUGCCUCACUAACUGCUUGCUCUGUCAGGAUCACCCAGGCCACCGUCAUUAGACUUUUUGCUAGAUAUUUAAAGAGUCGUACUCUUUAGUAAAGUGGUAUCUUUUAAGAGUAACUUAAUGUGUCUAUUGUUCACUCUGCUAUCUAAAUGUCAUUUCUUUAUUUCUUGUGAAUGGCGGACAAACAUCAUCCUGUAUUUUUCUGCUGCUGUGGAUGCGCUCGUUUUUUUUAGAACCCCAUUCAAGCCUUGUUUUCUCAUAGCGCUUCUUCUUCAACUUCUUCUUCUUUACUGACCUGCGCGGCUGUUAGAUGGAGGUGAACUGUUAAUCCGUGAAGGUGUGUUGCAUGGUCCCAAUGCACUUUCCAUGCUUUCCGUAUCGCCCCUCCAGACUUUGAGAUCUCAAAUUGAUCCUGUCAUAAACCGUCUAUUUUCCUAAGCUAUACUCCUGAACAUGUAUUGUGAACAAUGCAGUGUCUCUGUUGUAUUGAUUUUUUUUUUUAAAUGCUGCAAGAGCUCUUAAAUGUUUGCUAACUAUCAAAUGUGCUUCUGUUGCUUUUUUUUUUUUUUUUGCGUCUCUGGGAUUCUAUGGUUAUAAUUGAUCAUUGCAGUAAAUCUGAAUGUAAGUAGUGCCACCGACAAAAUGUUUACUGAAAACUCCACCCUUUUCAUUCAUUAAAAUGUGUGUGCUUUUAUUAUGUAACACCA